AUGGCGGAUGCGGCCCUCAUACCUAGCGAUGACCAUGACACUGGCAUGCGGGCUCCCUCGAGGCAGUCGACUCAAGAUGAGAAAGCCCGGGGAGCUGGGUGCGACGGUGAUGACGCUGAGGCGAGUGAGAUACUUCAAUACAUGUAUUCGUUUCUUGCGACUGCUGAUUUCAACGCUGCCCGUCACACAUGCCGGUCCUGGUUUUCUGCGAGCUUGCACCGCACCCUACUUGUGCAGAUGCUGAAGCAAGGAGGAUGGUGGAGCAGCAUGCUGCGCAUCAUCACGCCGGCGGGCAUGGCAGGACUACCUGGGACAAGUCAGGAACGGAUAAUGGGCAAGUGGAUCUCGAGGGAGUGCAAUCUUGCCAACCCGAACGGCAACGCAUUCACCCAAGUGGGAGAAACGGACUUUCGCCGACUACCGUCUGGACGCCGAACCAGUCAGCUCCACGGAGACAUAUCAUUUACGGUCAGCCUAUGCGGGCGGUAUUUGAUAGCGACUCUCGAUCAGCUGGCUUAUAUAUACGAACUGAAUCACGUGUGCCAACCCGGGCGCUCGGCUUGGUCUAUGCCGUUGAGGCGUAGACAAGGCAUGCCUCUGGGCUUUAUGCGUCCCGUUGCCAACAUCAUUUGCCCUCGCCGGAUACUGUGCGCCAGCAUGGACACCUCAUCCGGGAGAGAUUCGGUGGCAUUCUUGAUGGAAGGGCGCGUCGGCAUGGUUUGUGGAAUCGCCAAAGAUCAGUCGCUUACUCCGAGGUUGUCGCCCUUUGCCAUUUACGCCGCCGGGCCAUCGGAUUCAGGCUCCCUGCCCAUUUCAAGGGUCAAUUCACCAACAACACCAGACAAGCCUUGCAUCUGUCAUGAAAGGUCACCUCGGGAGCCACCUCUGGUGGACGUUGGGGAGAGAUCUGUAUAUCGAAACAUCUGCACAGCUGACGAUCCGCCACGGUCGGUUGCAAUUUGUCCGCAGCGAGAGGGGACCGACAACGCCCAAAAGCUUCGCCUGAUCAGCUCCGCAGCUGGCCUACUGAGCCCGCUUGAUGAUGUGAUGGAUUCGCAGAAUGAACACCGCACUACGGUGUUUGGAGAAGAAAGAACAGGUGACGCGCCGCUUUGGAGCACCGGAGCAACAAGACUGGACAGUCGCCAAGCCGCCUUCACAAGGCCUCGUGAACCCAGGAGGCCCAUGUGUCUUAGGUCAAGAGCAUUUCAAGACGCCCAUAUACUACUGGACAGCGGAGGUAUACGGACUGUAUCCGCAAGAAGUGCAGAUCAUUACCGCGCUGUGCCUCUCAGUGAUGGAUAUCACAUCUUGUUCACUGAUCCCCGGACGGGUUGCCUUUGCUUGGGAACUGACGCCCCGAUUGGAUCUGUGACGCGUCUUCUUCGGAAGGUGUGGUUUCGACCUCCGGGAGCAGCUUUGUCCGCCAUACCGAUACUGUACGCGGCCGCAUCAGAUACAAGACAUGGCGUGCGGGUUGUGGCUACCUUUGCGGCAGCAUCGCCGCCGAAUACCAGAGAUGCCGUCCCCAACAAGCAAGUGGUUGUGUUUUUUACAGUCCCUCCAGACCUGUUUCAUGAUUUGUCCCACGGCAACGCAGGGCGUCCCUUGACAACGGAAAUGUUGAGCGAUGAGAGAACACGGAGACAAAGCACUUCGGAGCCUUGGCAGGUCGAGGAAAGUUACGGCGAGGUGGAUGUAUUCAGCGAUGCAUUUCGGGACAUGCCAUCAUGUCCCCUCGAAAUCUGGGGACAGACGAUUACAAUACAUGAAGACCUGACCGAGAUCGCCCUGGACUCCUCGCCAGAGAUGGUUGUUUGGGCAUUCAGCUCUUCUGGUUGGGCCAAGGCAUGGGCGGUUGACUCGGGUAGGUCUGAGCCGCUUACGAUGACGGCGAUCCAGCAGGACGGCGGCGUGCGCCUGGUUGACAAGGACGGCGACGGGCCGAUGGCCCACGGUGAAGGCUCCAGCGUGAUGGAAGCACCGCAUGUCGCUGGAGGAGUUGAUCCCUUUGACGGAACCGUGGGCACGAACUUUGUGGAGCGACGGUCUGCAUUUGAGCGAGCGGGUUGGUACACCAGAGCCAGAGGCAGCGACAGGAUGAGCGGCACGGCAUCGGUAGACUUGAUUGAGGGCGUGAACGGCAUCGUAAGACUUGACGUGCAAUUACGAUGA